ACUUUUAUAUUACAUAGUAUUAGUCUUUUUCUUUUUGUUACCAAACACAUAGGAUGAGUUCAAAUGUAAAUAAAGGGUUUAAUGAAGAAAAUCGCCCCUUUAUCCUUCUUUGCUUGAAAAUUUUCAGGGUUUGAAGGUUUGUCGAUUUACAGAAGCCAACGAGAUCUUGUGAGAUUGUGCAUGAGAAAAUACGAACCAGAUUGUGCGUCUGAGAAAUACGAAGCUAAAAAACAGAAAAGAGACGGUGUUAACGUCUAGACAGGUGUCAAAAAAAAAAAAUUAAAAGUCUCAGCAAUGGCUUCAACAGCCACAGAAAGCCUUUCAAAACUCGACAUCAAUGCCGAUUUCGCCUCCUCUGCUCCUAAUCUGCAGCGCAGCCUUCACCUUCUCUCCCCUCAACAGAUUGAGCUGGCGAAGUUGUUGCUAGAGACAGGGCAGACCCAUUUGUUUGAGCAUUGGGCUGAGCCUGGUGUUGAAGAUGAUGAAAAAAAAGCUUUCUUUGAUCAGGUGGCUCGGCUUGAUUCAAGCUAUCCUGGGGGUUUGGCAUCUUAUAUUAAAACUGCCAGAGAACUCUUGGCAGAUUCAAAAGCAGGAAAGAACCCUUUUGAUGGCUUCACACCUUCCGUUCCAAAAGGUGAAGUUCUGACUUAUGGUGACAACAACUUUAUCAAUUUUGAGGACAUGGGUGUCAAGGAAGCCCGAAAAGCCGCAUUUGUUCUUGUUGCAGGAGGGCUUGGGGAACGUCUAGGAUACAAUGGAAUAAAGGUGGCUCUUCCAGCAGAGACCACUACAGGAACGCUUUUCUUACAGAAUUACAUUGAGUCUAUUCUGGCUCUUCAAGAUGCUAGCUGCAGACUCGCGCAAGAUGAUUGCCAAACAAAGAUUCCUUUUGUUAUAAUGACAUCCGAUGACACACAUGCACGUACCAUAGAGCUGUUAGAAUCAAAUUCUUAUUUCGGAAUGGAACCUACGCAAGUGAAACUUUUAAAGCAGGAAAAAGUUGCAUGCUUGGAUGAUAAUGAUGCCAAGCUUGCAGUUGACCUCCGUAACAAAUAUAGAAUUCAGACAAAACCUCAUGGCCAUGGUGAUGUGCACGCACUUCUCUUUUCUAGUGGCAUUCUGAAAGUUUGGCAUGAUGCUGGAUUGAGAUGGGUUCUGUUCUUCCAAGAUACAAAUGGACUUCUCUUCAAGGCAAUUCCAGCUGCUCUGGGUGUAAGUGCUACCAGACAAUACCAUGUUAACUCUCUUGCUGUUCCACGCAAAGCAAAAGAAGCUAUUGGAGGAAUUACCAAACUUACUCAUGCUGAUGGGAGGACGAUGGUGAUCAAUGUGGAAUACAAUCAGCUCGACCCUCUGCUUAGAGCAACUGGAAAUCCGGAUGGAGAUGUUAAUUGUGAGACUGGCUAUUCCCCUUUCCCAGGAAAUAUAAAUCAAUUGAUUUUGGAACUUGGUCCUUACAUUGAUGAACUCACAAAAACGGGAGGUGCUAUAAAGGAGUUUGUUAAUCCAAAAUACAAAGAUGCUAGCAAAACUUCAUUUAAAUCCUCGACAAGACUAGAAUGUAUGAUGCAAGACUAUCCAAAAACUUUGCCUCCAUCAGCAAGAGUUGGAUUUACGGUGAUGGAUGCAUGGCUUGCUUAUGCACCUGUGAAGAACAACCCUGAGGAUGCUGCUAAGGUACCAAAAGGAAAUCCAUAUCAUAGUGCAACUUCUGGAGAAACAGCCAUCUAUCGUGCAAACAGCCUUAUUCUUAGAAAGGCUGGUGUCCAAGUUGCCGAUCCUGUAGUACAGGUGUUCAAUGGGCAAGAGGUAGAACUGUGGCCUCGUAUUACAUGGAAGCCAAAAUGGGGUCUUAAGUUUGCAGAAAUCAAAAGAAAAGUUUGUGGAAGUAGCACCAUUUCUCAGAGGUCAACCAUGGUCAUUAAGGGCCGUAAUGUCUUUCUUGAGGAUCUCUCAUUGGAUGGAGCUCUGGUCAUUGAUGCUGUUGAAGAUGCAGAGGUAAAAGUACGAGGUUCUGUACAGAACAAAGGUUGGACGCUUGAAAAUAUUGAUUAUAAAGAUGCUUCAGAGCCGGAGGAACUAAGGAUCAGGGGUUUCAAAAUCAACAAAAUAGAGCAGCUUGAAAAGAAUUACUCUGAGCCUGGAAACUUCAGCUUGGAGCUCUGAAGGUUAACCAGAGAAUUUUAUCAUAUCAUCUAUUCCUGCUUCUAGCCAAAAAUAAUUUCCUUUAUGAUAAUCUUUCUGUUAUGACUUAAUUAAUAGCUAAAGCUUGAUGUGAAAAUUCUUUUGGCAAAUAAUGAAAUCUGAGCUCUCUGUCAAAAAA